AAAUUUACAUUUUUUACCUAUUCCUCGGUGAGCUUGGAGAGCGUGAGCACGUUUUACAAUUGUAAAGAUAAACAUGCGGUGAAUUCUUGCGCGACAGUGUUAAUUUAAUUUUGUUAAAAUAAUACAAUCACAUACAUUUUAUAACAUAUACUUGAUAGAAUUCAAAGUUUUAUUUGUUGUGUAAUUAUAUUACAUAAUGGAUUCUAGCUGCCCAUGUGAUAAGGAAGGUAUGCUUGUGGGAAUAGGAAAUCCCUUGUUAGAUAUAUCAGCUAUAGUGGAUGAGGAAUUGCUCAAAAAGUAUGGUCUACAUCCAGAUGAUGCUAUAAUGGCCGAGGCUAAACACAUGCCACUUUACAGGGAGCUUGUAGAAAAAUAUAAUGCUGAAUUUAUAGCUGGAGGCAGCGUGCAGAACUCUCUCAGGGGAGCGCAAUGGAUAUUAAAAAAACCUAAUAUAUGCAGUUACUUUGGCUGCGUUGGAAAUGAUGAUUACGCUAAGAUUUUAAGUGAGAGAGCUAUUGCUGAGGGUGUAACCGUCCACUACCAAGUGACUGAAGAGGCUCCAACGGGAACAUGUGCAGUUCUUGUGACGGGCACACAUCGUUCGCUGUGUGCAAACCUGGCGGCGGCACAGAAGUUCACUCCGGACCAUCUGGCUAAAGGGGAGUGUCGGAAGAGCAUUGAAAGCGCAAAGUUCUUUUAUGCAUCAGGCUUCUUUGUGGCGGUGUCGCCGGAAUCUAUAAUGUUGCUCGCGAAGCACGCGCACGAGAAGAAGCACACGUUCAUCAUGAACUUGAGUGCGCCCUUCGUGUCGCAGUUCUACAAAGAGCCUUUGGAAGAGAUGUUGCCCUACGUCGAUGUUUUGUUCGGAAAUGAAUCGGAAGCAGAUGCAUUCGCUAAAGCGUUCAACAUCACAGAAACCGAUCUUCAAGGGGUAGCUUUGAAAAUAGCGGCGCUACCCAAAAUCAACUCGUCUAGGCAACGAGUCGUUGUGAUAACCCAGGGUAAAGACCCAGUGAUUCUGGUAGAGGGAUCGAAGGUGACCCUGGUUCCCGUUGAAAAACUAUCCAGAGAGCAAAUUGUGGAUACAAAUGGGGCAGGGGAUGCUUUCACAGGGGGUUUCCUAAGUCAAAUGGUCCUGGAGAAACCUUGGGAGACUUGUGUCAAGUGUGGUAUAUACUGUGCGACUCAUGUGAUACAACAUUCUGGUUGUACAUACAGCGGUAUCAGUGACUUUAGAGAAAGUUAAUAAUUUAGGAUUAAUAGCUCAAAGACAUAUCAAAUUGCAAUACCAACUAAUAGGGGUUGAAAAUAACACAAAUUGUACAAUUAUAUAAUAUAAUAUAACAUGUUUUUUUCACAGUUUAUUAGUGUCUGUAGUAGUCAUCGGAUGUUAUUACUACAUUUUAGUUACAUGUAGACAUAGAAUACAAAAGUAAUUUUUUGAAUCAUUAAGUUGUCAGUUGGGUAAGAAAUAAUAUAUUAUAAUUUUUGCAAACUAAAUCCCUUUUAAAACCAAUAAUAUGCAAAACAUUUGUAAAAUAAUGUUUCACUACAAAUUUUAAUUUGAAGCGAUGUACAGACAAAUAAUUUGCUUUACAUUUACUUAAAUAAUUAUUUACUAAUCCUGUUUAAACAUGGCAAUUGUUUACAGUUAAUAUUAUAUAUUAGUAAUCAACCAUAGCAUGUUUAUAUAUUUAUACUGAUGCCUGUUCUGACUUCGUACAAAUGAUUUUUUUUUUUUUAAAUAAAUCCUAGAAUACGAUCGUUGCGCCAUCUACGGGGUCUAAUUUAUUCCACCCGAGAGAUGAGAGACCUACUCAAAUACAAAAAAAACAUCAAAAUCAAUGCAACCGAUUAGCGAGUUCAGUGACAUGCACAUAUACAUGAGAAUUAUAUGUAUAAUAUGAUGGGCAGAUGUUUUGUAUACCUUGUAGUUUAUAUAUA